GGCUUCUGGGCACGAAGCGUAGGCGUGGAGUGUCCCGGGCCUCUUGCGGACUUGGCCCGAGGGUAAACGAGAGGGCACGCCCACCAAGGAGCAGUGCUGGCAAGAUUCCCACAGAGGAGGCGGCUGGAGCUUCAAGAUGUUGGCAAGGCCAAAGCCAGGAGAGUCUGAGGGGGACCUGCUACGCUUCCAGAGUCAGUUUCUGGCAGCUGGAGCAGCCCCAGCGGUGCAGUUGGUGCAAAAAGGAAGCCGGGGCAGGGGAGAUGCUCCCUCGAGGGAUUUGGUAAUGCUGGAUGAUCUUCCUGAUGUGCCCCCAGCUUUGGUGCCUGCUCCUGCAAAGAAAGCCAGGCCCAGCGUCAGGGGGUCCCUGCCUGCCCCCGAGGAUCCCGAGGAGAGUCUGAACAGGCAUGAUCAGCACAUCACUGCCGUCUUGACCAAGAUCAUUGAACGAGAUACAAGUUCAGUGACUGUGAAUCUGCCCAUGCCCAGCGGUGUGGCUUUCCCUCCUGUGUUCCAUCGCUCGCAGGAAAGACAGGGGAAGCCAGCAGCAUCUGGUAAGAGAAGUAUCUUUGCCCAGGAAAUCGCGGCAAGGAGAGUGUCUGAAGCCAGGCUGUCACCCCAAAGUGACACCAAGUCCACGCUGGCCCCAGCGCAGGGUACUGUGACCUUUCAAGAGUCACCUUCAGGAAAGCAGAGCUGCCAGCUUCCAAACAGCCCCAACUUCCAGGGACCUCACCUGGUCACAGGCACCGGGCUCAGAAGCCAGGAGGCCAAGCAGGAGGCCCAGACCAUCCAUGAAGAGAACAUAGCACGACUCCAAGCCAUGGCACCUGAGGAGAUCCUGCAGGAGCAGAGGCUCUUGCUGGCACAGCUCGAUCCCAGUCUGGUCGCCUUCUUGAAAUCUCGUAGAUGCGCCAAGGAGCAACCAACGAAGAUGACCAAGGAGGAACAGCAGCCCGAGGGAUCCUCGACAGCAGUCACUGAGAAGGAGCCCAGGAAAGAAGACGGACUGCAACCAAGUACCCCAGCUCCGGCACUGCCUGUGACGCCCCACAAGGAGUGGCUGCACAUGGACACAGUGGAGCUGGACAAGCUACACUGGACCCAAGACUUGCCCCCACUUCGGCAACAGCAGACCCAGGAGCGCAUGCAGGCCCGGUUCAAUCUCCAAGGAGAGCUACUGGCCCCCGAUGCUGACCUGCCCACCCACCUAGGCCUGCACCACCAUGGGGAGGAGGCUGAGAGAGCGGGGUAUUCCCUGCAGGAGCUCUUCCACCUGACACGCAGCCAAGUGUCCCAGCAGAGAGCCCUGGCGCUACAUGUGCUGGCCCAGGUCAUCAGCAGGGCCAGGGCCGGAGAAUUUGGGGACCGCCUGGUGGGCAGUGUCUUGCGCCUCCUUUUGGAUGCUGGCUUCCUUUUCCUGCUGCGCUUCUCACUGGAUGACCGAGUAGAUGGGGUCAUUGCUGCUGCCCUUCACGCUCUUCGGGCUCUGCUUGUGGCCCCUGGAGAUGAGGAGCUCCUAGACAGCGCCUUCUCCUGGUACCAUGGAGCACUGGUGUUUCCUCUGAUGCCCAGCCAGGAGGACCAGGAUGCUGAGGACGAGGAUGAAGAGCUGCCAGUGGAAAAGGCAAAGAAGGGCCCAGGGGAGGGUACUCGGCCUCCAUCUGAUCUGGCCCGACAUGAUGUCAUCAAGGGGCUGCUGGCCACCAACCUGCUGCCCCGGUUGCGCUAUGUGCUGGAGGUGACUCUCCCAGCUCCCUCUGUUGUCCUUGACAUCCUGGCCGUGCUCAUUCGUCUGGCUCGACAUUCUUUGGAGUCAGCCACAAGGGUCUUAGAGUGCCCUCGGUUGAUAGAGACUGUGGUUCGAGAGUUUCUACCCACUAACUGGGUUCCAGUGGGGGCCGGUCCUGCCCCCAAUCUACACCGAGUGCCCUGUGCUUCUGCCAUGAAGCUGCUCCGUGUCUUGGCCACGGCUGGCAGGAACAUUGCUGCCCGACUGUUGAGCAGCUUUGAUCUCCGGAGCCGUCUAUGCCGCUUUCUGGCCGAAGUGCCUCAGGAACUGGCCCUGCCUGAGGAGGAAGCAGAGAUGCUGAACACUGAAGCCCUUCGCUUCUGGGCUGUGGCUGCCUCCUAUGGCCUGGCCAGAGACCUGUACAGGGAGCUAUAUCCCAUCCUGGUGCGGGCCCUGCAGACCAUUCCUCGGGAGCUGGCCGCCCAGCCCCCGAAGCCCCUGGCCAUGCAGCGUGUUGCUUCACUGCUCACCACCCUCACUCAGCUGACCCUGGCUGCCAGUGACCCUGCACCCAGCAGGAAUAAUACUGCUGAGGCCAGCCCUUCUCCGCUCUCCUGGACGCAGGUGUGCGGCCUCCAGCCUCUGGUGGAGCCGUGUCUCAGACAGGCCUUGGAGUCUCUGCCUAGGCCCGAGGAGUGGCACACACUGGGCCCAGUGCCUGUCGCUUGCCUGCUCUUCCUUGACGCCUACUACCAGGCCUGGAGCCAGCAACCCAGCAUAUGCUCAGAGGAUUGGCUUCAGGACAUGGAACGCGUGUCAGAGGAUCUGCUAAGGCCCCUGUUGUGCCAGCCCUCGCUGGCCCGCCUGUGCCAGGACCUUCGACGCUGUUCCCCUCUCUGCAACCCACAGUCCUGUGUGCCGGGCCCUGAGGUGCUCCUGAGCCUCCCAUCUCUGAGCUGCGCUGGAGGCUACCUACCCCUCAGCCUGCUAGGUUCCACCUCACCCUUCCCGUUCCUCACGGCCCUCCUCGCUCUCUGCAGCACCUUGACCCGCAUCCACAAGGGGUUGUGUGGCCAGCUGGCUGCCCUGCUGGCUGCCCCCGGACUCCAGGACUACUUUCAGCAGUGUGUGACCCCCAUGCCUGCUCCACAGCUCACCCCCUUCUCGUCAUGGGCUCUGCACCAUGAGUACCACCUACAGUACCUGGCACUUGUCCUGGCCCAACGAGCCGCCACAUUCCAGGCAGUGUCCGCACCCAGUGCUGCCCUCCUUCACCACCUGGCCUUGGCCCUACUGAGCCGGCUGCUGCCUGGAAGCGAGCAUCUCUCCCACGAGCUGCUGCUGAGCUGCGUGUUCCGGCCCGAGUUCCUCCCGGAAAGAGCAUCUGGAGGUCCGGAGGCAGCUGAUUUCUCUGAUCAGCUCUCCUUGGGGAACAGCCAGGAUCUUGGGAGUGGACGAGGGGCUCUUCUCACUCAGGCCUGCCAGGACCUUCCCAGCAUUCGCAGCUGCUACCUUGCCCACUGCUCCUUAGCCCGAGCCAGCCUGCUCGCCUCCCAAGCCAUCCACCGAGGGCAGCUGCAGCAGGUGACCAGUCUGAUGCUACCAGUGUCCAAGGAGCCGCUGCUGCCCACCGACUGGCCGUUCCUGCCCCUGCUUCGCCUCUAUCACCAGGCCUCAGACCCCCGUUUGGGGAUCCCUCCCUCUGACACUAUGGGCACAGCCUGGCGAGCCCUGCAGUGGGUGCUCAUUCUGGAGAGCUGGCGCCCUCAGGUCCUCUGGGCUGUGUCUCCUGCCGCCCGCCUGGCACGGCUCAUGUGUGUGUUCUUGGUGGACAGUGAGCUGUUUCGGGAGACCCCCAUACAAAACCUGGUGGCAACCCUCGUGGCCCAGCUCUGCCAGCCUGAAGUCCUGCCAAAUCUCCAACUGGACUGCCCACUCGCUGGCCUGGCAUCUUUCCCUGACCUUUAUGCCAGCCUGCUGGAGCACUUUGAGGCCGUGUCGUUUGGGGAUCAGCUUUUUGGGACACUGGUCCUCCUUCCCCUGCAGCGUCGAUUCAGUGUCACCUUGCGCCUUGCCCUCUUUGGCGAGCACGUGGGAGCCUUGAGAGCCCUGGGCCUACCUCUGUCCAAGUUGCCUGUGCCCCUGGAAUACUACACCAGCCCCCCUGAGGACAGCCUGGCCCUUCUGCAGCUCUACUUCCGGGCUCUGGUGACCCACAUGCUCAGACCAUGCUGGUGCCCAGUGCUCUAUGCUGUGGCUGUGGCUCAUAUCAACAGCUUCAUCUUCUCCCAGGAUCCCAAGAGCUCGGAUGAAGUGAAGGCCGCCCGCAGGAGUAUGCUGCAGAAAACGUGGCUGCUGGCCGAUGAGGGGCCCCGGCAGCACCUCCUGCACUACAAACUCCCUAAUUCUGCCUGCCCGGAGGGCUUUGAGCUCUAUCCGCAGUUGCCCCCUGUGCGGCAGCAGUACCUGCAGAGCCUCACCUCAGAGAUGCAGCAGAAUGAGGCAUCAGAGCCAUUCCCGGUGAAGUGAGAGCACCAGUGUCUAGGACUUGCCCACAGAUGCCUACCCAGAUGGGCCAGAACACCAGAGAGAAGAGAUUUUUCUUCCUGGCAACAGGCCGAACUUCUCUGGACUUGCCCCAAUCCCCAGUUAGACCCUGAGAGCUGGAGUUCAGGGUCUGAGACCUUUGGGGUUUGUGCUGGGAGUGAAGGUGACAAGCAUUCAUCU